GCACAUGCGCAAAUGUCUCCAAGAUGGCGGCUGCGGCGGCUGCGCGAGCAGUUCCUGUGAGCCCUACAAUUCGGGGCUUGAAACGGACACUGCCUCUUGUAGUGAUUCUUGGGGCUACCGGCACUGGCAAGUCCACCCUGGCGUUGCAGCUAGGCCAGCGGCUGGGCGGCGAGAUCAUCAGCGCCGACUCCAUGCAGGUCUAUGAAGGACUAGACAUCAUCACCAACAAAGUUUCUGCCCAAGAGCAGAGAAUCUGCCAGCACCACAUGAUCAGCUUUGUGGAUCCUCUCGUGACCAAUUACACAGUGGUGGACUUCAGGAACAAGGCAACUGCUCUGAUUGAAGAUAUAUUUGCUCGAGACAAAAUUCCUAUUGUUGUGGGAGGAACCAAUUAUUAUAUUGAGUCUCUGCUCUGGAAAGUUCUUGUCAAUACUAAGUCGUCUGAGGUGAGUCCUGAGCCAGUGGUUGACCGGAAAGUAGAGCUGGAGAAGGAGGACAGUCAUGUGCUACACAGCCGCCUACGCCAGGUGGACCCAGAAAUGGCAGCCAAGCUGCACCCACACGACAAGCGCAAAGUGGCCAGGAGCUUACAAGUGUUUGAAGAAACAGGAAUCUCUCACAGUGAAUUUCUUCAUCGUCAGCAUUCAGAGGAAGGUGGCAGUCCCCUUGGUGGCCCUCUGAAGUUCCCCAACCCUUGCAUCCUCUGGCUGCAUGCUGACCAGACAGUUUUAGACAAGCGCUUGGAUAAGAGAGUGGACGACAUGCUUGCUGCUGGGCUUUUGGAAGAACUAAGAGAUUUUCACAGACGCUAUAAUCAGAAGAACUCUUCAGAAAAUAGCCAGGACUAUCAACAUGGCAUCUUCCAGUCAAUUGGCUUCAAGGAAUUUCACGAGUACCUGAUCACUGAGGGAAAAUGCACACCAGAGACUAGUCACCAGCUUCUAAAGAAAGGUAUCGAAGCUCUGAAACAAGUAACUAAGAGAUAUGCCCGGAAGCAAAACCGAUGGGUUAAAAACCGUUUUUUGAGCAGACCUGGUCCUAGGGCUCCCCCAGUAUACGGCUUAGAAGUGUCUGACAUCUCGAAGUGGGAAGAGUCUGUUCUUGAUCCUGCUCUUGACAUCGUGCACAGUUUCAUCCAGGGCCACAAGCCUGCAGCAACUCCAGUCACGCUGCCCUACAAUGAAACUGAGAACAAGCGAAGUCACCAUAUGUGUGAUGUCUGUGAGCGCAUCAUCAUUGGGGACCGGGAAUGGGCAGCACAUAUAAAAUCCAAAUCCCACUUGCACCAACUGAAGAAAAGAAGACUGGACUCAGAUGCUGUCAGUACCACAAAAAGCCAGACUACUGCCUCAGACUGUGAUGCCGAACCUAAAGAGCAGGGGUCCCCAGGACAGAAUGACCCAGAGCUGAAGUGCAGCACUUAGCAGAUCUCUCCAGGGACCUCUGCAGAGGCACUGGGGAUCAGCAGGGCGGAGUGGGGCGGUCUGUCUGUCUGUGUCCCUCUGCGGGGUUGAGGAGUGCUGUGCAGGAAGCCCCGCCGUUUUUUAUUCUUCUUUUUGUAAUUCGGUAGUGAAGUCUUAAAAGUCCCAUGUUUUCUGUCAUGGAAACAGCAGGUUUUUCAGUUCCUGUGGCUGUUGGGUCAGGUAUGGUAUAGUUAGGAGUUCUUUUUUCCCUUUGAACUUAAAGUUUCUAUUUUGGAAGGAGACAAGAUUGCACAGUUUUAUACUUGAAGAUCUUUCUAGUGGUAAAUACUAUGGCUUGCUAUACGUCAUAAAAGAACUUUUUUUGUCCCUGACUAAAAAUAUCUAAUUUCCAGAUGUUUUUGCAGACGACUGAAGCAUUAUGAGCCACAAAUCAGGAGUUCUAGAUUUGAGGGAAUGGCAGGAAAGGACCAGCCUCAGUGAGAUGAUUAAAUAAACCAAAGCAGCUCUUGGAAUUCCACAGGAAUUCAGAGGAAAUCACAUCAAGGAAGUUGUGACCUGGGACUUGAAGCAUAAAGACUGAAAUCUGUUGAUCUCCUGUGUGAUAAUUGCUGUCACUGCUGACUUUGUAUUAAGGUAGAAAUAUAUAUUUUUUUGAAAAUUAAAAUAAAGAAAAACUUUGUAAGAUCCUCCUUGAUCCUUAAAAGAGA